UACUUAUACUCGUAUGUAUGUAAUAUGUACAUUGGUGACUGGACGUGUUCGGUGUUCGCCGUUCGUUGUUUACAUGGCUGAGUGGCGCUCGCUGAGGUGCAGGGCGAGUGUGAGUGCGAGUGAGAGCGCGAGUGUAGGCCGUAGGGGAGGUGUGUUAUGAUGUGCGCGCGGUGCGCUCAGUUGGUUUUUGUUUCUGCUCGUCGUCGUCGGUGGCGGCGGCCGUGGCGGCGAUCUGGUGCGGGUCUGCGGGUCGACGUCAUUGUUGUCUGUAUGCUCGUGGCCGAAGCAUAUGCGUACGCGUACCGGUGGCGGUACCUAAUAAAAUAAUACUACAUUUUACUCGUAUACUCGAGAGUCGCAAUCGCAAUCGCACUCGUACUCGUCUCAUUCACUGUUUACCUUUUUACCUACGUGAUUUUUUUCUCACCGCUCAUCAGACGCGACGCAAAUUUCUCGUUUUCUUUUCAUUUUUUGGUCAAUUUUUCAAUCGAGUGUCGGCCGCUCGCGAUGACAUUGCAAAUUAGUGUAUAAUGUAGAGUUAUCACGUUUGAUAAUUAGCUCGCCGUACUCGUACUCGUACUCGUACUCGUCGUUAUUGUGGAUUGUGGUGGCGUUUCGCGUCAAGUUCAAGUGCCUACGUGUAGUUACCUGUACGGCUAACAAACCGGCAUCGGCCAGCAUUCCAUCCAGAGACAUCGACAAUGGACAAUCGACAUCCAGUAUCCGAGCUUGAAAUGAUGCCCAUGCCCAUGCCCAUGCCCUUAUCACAGUGAACGUGUCCCAGUCCUGUCUGGUGCGUGCUUGCGUGCGUGCGUGUGUGUGGUCUGUGCGGUGCGGUGUUGCGCCAGUGUGCGCCCUGCUUUUGUUGUGUUUCAUUUCGUUUUGUUUUGUUUUGGUUUGGUUUAGUCGAGUUUUUAUCGCCGGCACGGCAUUCGCCAUUCGCCCAUUCGCCCAUUCGAUCGCGUAUCUUACCGCUUACGCGAUAAAGUGUUGGUUCGUCUGAUCGUGAUCGGUGUCGGUGUCGAUACCAGCUAUUUAUGCGAAUGCUGAAUACUCGUACUGAUACACGGACACCCACAAAUGCGCGCAUCGAGUACUUGCAGCUAUCGAGGAUGUGGCGGCGAUGAUGAAGAUGAUGGUGGUGACGGCGACGGCGGCGGCCACCGUCGUGUUAUUGCGCGUUUUUUUGUUUGUUGGUGACUAGUUCGGUAAUCGCCCAAUCGCCCAAUCGCCUAAUCGCCUAAUCGCCCAUCGGCAUCGGUUUGCGUAUUGUAUUUGUAUUUGCAUAGCCCAUUUUCUGUAGGUAUCGCAAAUUGUGUCGUGUCGUGUCGUGUCGAGGUAUCGUACGGUAACCGGAAACCAUCUAUUGAGAUAACGUUUCGUUUUGGUUCCAUUCCAUUCCAUUCCUGCAACAACAUUGAAAGCCCACCUCCACCUCCACCCCCAGCCCCAGCCCCUCUCACCGAAGAACCGGAGCAUGAAGAAUAUGGUCGACGUGGUGAUUGUCCGCAGAUAUUAGUAAUGAAGCUAGGCGGUUUUUGCCGAGAAUGAACCAUGUAGAUGUCGGUUUAGAUUGGGAGUGGACGCCGCAACAGCAACUGUCUGUGGUGACAACAGUGUGGGGUGUUACGCCCUCCACACAAUCUGGACCGCAUCUUCAUUCUGUUCCAUAUCAAUCGGGCUCGGACAGUUCCAAGUUUCACCAUAACCCAGGCGCACCAUACGGUUACAGACAAGCCAAUCCACGAUUUGGACCGGCGUAUUAUCCGAAUCAGCAUCAGCAUCAGCAUCAGAAUCAGAACCAUCACCACCAUCACGAUGGUUGCGUUAGCGGUGAUAUGAGCGGUACGUCUAGCGGUACAGCCAAUCCCGUCGCCGAAUCUACUAACGUCGGUCAUUACCAUUCCGGAUCGUCUACUCAGGCUGUUUCUGCUCAGCAGUACCAUCAAAAUCAUCACCACUACCAUCAGCAGCAACAGCAACAGCAACAACAGCAGCAGCAGCAGCAGCAGCAACACCACCUCCAUCAACAUCAGCAUCCGCACCAUCAUCACCAUCAGUCUUCGCCGACGACGCCAUCUGCUCAGCAGCAACAGCAGCAGCAGCAGCAAGUACCUCCGCCGCCGUCUCAUCAACAGACUGCAGGUAUCGCCGUGUCCACUGGUUGCACUACCCAAUCUGCGUCGGCAUCCGCUUCCCAGCAUCCCAUUUACCAUCAUCCGCAUUCGCAUCCGCAUCCGCAUCAUUCUUCGGCAGCGCCCAGUGCAGCCGCAGCUACGGCAGCUAUGGUUGCAGCAGCGGCCACCGCUACCGCCACCGCUACUGCCACCGCCACCGCCAGUGUAGUCGCGCUGCAAGAUAAUCCUCAUUUCGCUCCUCAGAUGCAAGGCAUGAUGCAUCAUGGCCAGCAGUUCGGAGGCGGCGGCGCCGCUUACGCCGCUCAGAGAAAUCACCCGAACGCCGCUAAUAUGCACGCUGCCGCCGCCGCCGCCGCCGCCAUGAACGGCAUGAAUAUGAUGAAUCCAAAUUCGGGCCCGAUGCACGCUAAUAUGAUGCCUUCCGGUGUCGGAGGCGUUUUGUCACCAGCUACCAAUCCUAUGAACAAACUAGUCAUGCAGAACGCCGGCGGUGCAAAUCAGUUGUAUCCUCGCAGAAUGACGCCUUAUCCGAAUCCUAUCGUGCACAUGAAUCAGAAAAGACAGCAACAGCCGCCUGUUCAGAUGCCACCGCAACAUAUGAGUUCCUAUCCGAAUCCCAAUCUACAAGCUGCUAAUUACAACUCGUCAGCGCCACCGCAGUUUCCUCCAAACGGCUAUAACGCGGCGAGCAGAGGCGGAAUGCCUUUUCAAACGCAACAGUUCCUGAGCCAGCAGCAGCAGCAGCAGAAUAUGGGUCCGAUGGGGCCGUAUAAUUCGGCGGCGGCUGCGGCUGCCGCUAUGCAACUGCCAGGCAAUUCGUCUCGCGGCAAUGGUGGCAGCGCCGCAUCCAUUCGACAAUCAACUCCGCCGUAUUCGAAUGCAGCCGCAGCUGCGGCCGCUGUCGCUGCCGCUACCGCCGCUGCGGUACAUCAGAACGGACCUUUGCCACCACCUCCGUCGUCUUCGUCGUCAUCGUCGGCGGCGGCGGCGGCGGUGGCAGUGGCGACGGCGGCGUCAUCAUCGUCGUCCAUGCCAUCGCAUCAGUAUUUCAUUCCCAAUAAUCAGUAUGCGCCGCCGCCGCCGCCUUCGUCGCAGCACCAACAGCACCACCACCAUCAUCACCACCAACAGCAGCAGCAGCAUUCGCAUCCCCAUCCCCAUCCCCAUCCCCAUCCGCAUCAGCAUCAGCAGCCACCGCCGCAAUCGCAGCCGCCCACUACCCAAUUCCAAUCUGAAGUUACCAAUAUGAGAGGCAGUUAUCAACACAGUCCUAUACCAGUAGGUAAUCCGACGCCUCCGUUGACUCCGGCUAGUAAUAUGCCGCCUUAUGCGAUGAGUCCUAGUGCCGCUGCCGCCGGCGCCGACAUUAAACCCAACCUAAACGAUCUCAAAGCGAACAUCAACGACGUUAAACCAAAUUUAUCGUCGCUAACGAAAGACGAAGAAUUAAGGCUGACGUUUCCCGUACGAGAUGGCAUCAUACUCUCACCGUUCAGGCUGGAGCAUAACUUGGCGGUUAGUAACCACGUCUUCCAUUUGAAGCCGACCGUUCAUCAAACUUUAAUGUGGAGAUCCGAUUUGGAAUUACAAUUGAAAUGUUUCCACCACGAAGACAAGCAAAUGAGCACCAACUGGCCGGCCAGCGUUCAAGUAUCGGUAAACGCGACACCGUUGGUCAUCGAUAGGGGCGAAAAUAAAACCACGCACAAACCGUUGCACCUGAAAGACGUUUGCCAACCUGAAAGGAACACGAUUCAAAUUACCGUAUCCGCUUGUUGUUGCUCGCAUUUGUUUGUUUUGCAAUUGGUUCAUCGACCCAUCAUACGAAGUGUGCUGCAGGGCUUGCUGCGUCGGCGAUUGCUGACGGCUGAACAUUGCGUGGCCAAAAUCAAACGCAAUUUCAACGCCACUUGUUCCUCUCCCAGCAUGGGAUGCAAUAACGACCGAGAUGCCAUCGAACAAACGGCUCUGAAAGUUUCGCUGAAAUGUCCUAUAACGUAUAAGAAAAUAACGCUACCAGCCAGAGGCCACGAAUGCAAGCACAUACAGUGUUUCGAUUUGGAAUCGUAUCUGCAGCUGAAUUGCGAUAAAGGAGUUUGGCGUUGUCCGGUUUGCAAUAAACCGGCGCUACUGGAUAAUCUCGAAAUCGACCAGUACAUUUGGGGAAUACUGAACAACAGCGCUCCCGAAGCCGAAGAAGUAACCAUUGACGCUUCGGCUCAUUGGAAACCUUCCAAAAUGCCUUAUAAUAUCAAGAUGGAAGAAGAUAGUGAAAGAAAGAGCAAGUGUAAAGCCAUGUCCCCGGGCAGUAUGAACAUGCCAACCACGCAUAACUGGGAUAUCGGACAGUCGAUGUCUCCGUAUAUUCCGCCCGAUAUGAACAGUAUCGCAAGUGGUUCCAUGAUGACGGCCGGACCACCUGGAUUUUCUGUACCCAGCGUGUCUAGAUCGAAUAACAGUUACGAUUCCGCCGCCGGUUUGUCCGAAUUCAAUACUACUAAUAGUCAUUCGAACGUAAUUAACGAAUCGCUGGAUCCGCUCAACGCUAUCGAAAAAAGCAUCAGCGAUCAAAUGCCGCACACUCCACUGACGCCCGGAAGUAUGCAUACGCCGAUCGGCGGCGGCGGCGGCGGCGGCGCGGGUGGCGGACCGCCGAGUGUACCUCCUACGUCGACGUCGACGUCGACCAACAGUGCGGGCGCAGCGACGGUCAGCGCGGAUAACGUUAAGAAAGAGAACGGACCACCGGUACACGACGCCACGACUUCGGUAGAUUUACCUUCAGAUCUCAAUUUUGAUCCUGCUGCCGUCAUAGAAGGCGAAGCGCAAGGUCAAGAAGGCUUAAAUCUUCUUCCGGACAAUGUAGUCGAUCCGAUGGACUUGUUAUCGUAUCUAGAUCCGCCGUUGGAUUUGGCAACUCCUCCGAGUAGCGGUGCUAGCAGUAACGGCAACGUUGGUACCCCUGGUGCUUCGACCGGCGACGAUAUUCUCUCUUCCUUAUUCGAUUAAGUCUCCUACGUUUUGUAAAAAUCAAUUUUAUUUUUCCUUCGAUUUUCUCGUUCAUUUUUCAUUUUUCAUUUUUCUUUUCUUUUUUUCAUUCUACGUAUGUACCUUUCCAUUCUUUGUUUUUUGUUGUGUUUUUUUCAUCGCGUGUAUUUCGAUUUCGUCGAAGACGCGUCGCCCCCGUUUCAAUAUCCCGAUGUUACGUUGCGUUACGUUACGUCGUUGCGGCGGCGCGGCGAUGAAACCGGUAAAACUUUGAUUCGUUGCAUUCCGAGAGUAAUCGACUAAUCGAGAACCCUCCCUUUCUUACCAUACUACGUACUCACGUACUCGCAUCUCUCAAACAGACGUAUCGACGAUUCGAUUGGCUACCUACCGUUUAUUCGUUUGGUUGCGAUAUUACUCGUAUGUAUUUUACGAGUAGGCGGAGGUAGUAGGCCUAAACCUCUUUCGGAUUUCUUUUCUCUUCCCCCGUUUUCUUUUCUUCCUAUUCCCAGCCAAUGGAAAUAUUCCCUCGAACGAUUUCCAUUUAUUUUUUUUCUAGUAUUUUUUUAUUUUAUUAAAAAAAAAACCAAUUACCUACUCUACGUUUUAUUUGUAGAAAUGACAAUCAAUGUUUUACCUUACUUACAUCGUUAUUAUAAUCCUAUCAGUUUCUCGCUGUCCGCGAGCCGCAGAAACACCAAUUUUAUGUUCCUAUACCUAAUGUUCGCAUCUUGUAGCGGCUGCGCGGUAUUUUUUUUACAGUUUUUAAUUUUAUUUGCUGUAAUUUUCUUCCUUUUGGUUUUUAUUCUCCUAUUCGUUUUCUUUGUUUUUCCAAUGUCUUCGUAAUAUCGCGAUUCGCGACUCUCGAUUUCUAGCGUACGAAUCGAAUUGCAUUACCUAUUUUCCUUUGUCGAUCGAAUCGUGUACGAGUGUCGAGUACCUAAUUGAUUUCUCCUUCGGUCGCUUCGAACGCUGACGUACCGCGCGCUGUAUAUUUUUAUUUCAUGUUUUUUUUUCUUUCUUUCUUUCUUUCUUUAUUUUGUAAAAUCGAAAAAUCAAGUCUAGUCUUUUUUUCUAUACUUUUACGUAUGUAAUGUGUAAUAACCUUUCUAAGUAUGUAUGUACCUGUACUGUAUAGGAAUCGUGUUGUGUGCAUCUAUUCAUUUCUCUUCUUAUUCUUCUCUCGUUUUCCUUUCUCUUUUCUAUUUAUUUAUCUAUUUAUUUAUUUAUUUAUUUAUUUAUUUAUUCGUGUCGUUCGUGUCGUUCAUUUAUUUACUUGAUUUAAAAUGGGAAACCUAAUUAAGAUGAAAUAAUUCGUACAUUUUUUUGUUCGUUUCAUUCGUUUCUAUUCGAAAAAAUUGAUCAAAUGAGCGAAUGAUUGUAAUUACACUGAAAUUACUGCAAACGAUCAAAAAUAUUGUCAGUACCUAAAUGGGCUAAAUGGCUGGCUGGCAGGCAAUCGAUGUGCUUUUGAAAAAAAAAUUUUUAUUUACAAACCAUUUUUGUUGGAAUAUUUUAUAUUUGAAAUACCUAUCGACGUAUUUUCCAUUUUUGUAUUUUUUUUUUUCAUGAUUCUGGAACGAACGUGGAGUUAGAACGAAGUAAUUUUGUACGAUGUACGAUGUAUGAAUGAUUAAUUAAGGUUAUCUACUUGUGCAGGUGAAAAUUUGUGAUAAAUUAAAAAUAGGUUUAAAGAUGGUUUAUUUAUUGUACGAAUUUUGUAUAUUUCGCGUUACUUUGGAAAAAAAAAUUGUUGACUUAUUUGUAUAUUGUUUGUACAGAAAUAUUUUCAAAUCGAAAUCAAAUAAGUUUUUAGAUUUAAAUAAUUCGUAUCGUAUCAUGUUCCUGUAUUGUCUAGACCCUAGACCCGUAGAACCGUAAACGAAGCUGUGCCGAGCCACAAAUCCGUAGUUUGUAUGUAUUUCAUUUCCUGCCGAGUCAACGUUUUUUUUAAUGUACGUUGUUUUUUCCCCAAGCGCUCGAUGAAAUUAUUAUUCGGUGAUAAGUGGCGCGAUCGAGUUUUCAGACAGAAUUACCAUUCGAAUUUCAAGUCUGUCGCGUAAACUCGAGUUUUUUCGGUUUUUCGUUUUUUACCGCAGGUUUCUAAAAUAUCGCUUGUAAGUAUUUUUGAAUCGAAGGCAAAACAAAAACAAAAAAAAAGAUCGAUCAUCGUAUCGUAUAGCUCUCCUACCAUUACCUACUUAUUAAUCUAUCAGUUUACGAUUACGAUUAUUAUUUAUUUAUUUAUUUAUUUUUUUUUUACCUUUUAUUCGUUUUCCCCUCUAGAAAAUCAGUGCGGUCAAAGGGAAAGAUGUUUUACGUAACCUUAUUUACCUUUUGUAUCAGUAAGAUCGCUAUUACCUAUGUUAAGCGUAUUUUUAAAUUUUUUUGCGAUUCUUUACGAAUCCUGUUUUUUUUCCCAAAUAUAUUGUGAUGUAUAUUAAUUACAUACAGAAGCGUUGAAAAUUU